CCCCUGCUCCCGCUCCUCAAGGGCAGGAGAAAGCCGGGGCCGUCUGUAGCCUGCAAGUCCCUCUGCGCAACGUGCUGGCGGCAAGGGCCCGCAGGGAGGGCUGCGGGUGCCUGGCAUCGAUUGAGCCUGGGGGCCCUGGGCUUUGUCCUUCUGCCUUUCUGCAAAACUCUCAUGUCAGUGCUGAGCAAAUGCACUCAGAAGAUCUGGCUGACGCCGUUCUGGGUGCAAAAAAUGUCGGCGAUGCUGGAGAGCCCCCACACUCAUGCCGAGGGCAUGUGCCUCCUGACGAGUGUCCUGGUCCGUGCGCAGCUCAUCUCACAGGAGCUGAUCGAGAGCUUCUCCCAGUGGCUGGACUGCCCAUCAGCAAACCUGCAGCUGACGGCCAUGGCUUUCUUUGCUGAGCUGAUGAAGGACCCACCUAUCGAGGGGAGGAACGUCCUGAAGAUUCUCAGUGUCUUCACUGAGAAAGCACAGCACCGAAGCAGCACCAUAAGGCAGAUGGCAGCGAGAGCUCUGGGCAACGCAGUCAGCAGUGUGCCCGUGGAGGUGCAAAAGCACAGGAGACCUGUUGUACAGGUGCUGCAACAGAGCCUGGCGGACACUGCCUGUCCCGAGGUGGUUGCAGAAAGCAUGGUGGCGCUAGCUGAGCUCGUGAGGGUGCUGCAGGCAGUGAACUUGGGAUCGGCCUUUGAAGACAUCGCCAGGUCCACCAAGAUGUUCUUCGAGUCUGAACUAGAGUACCUUCGCUACUCGGCCUUCCGCCUCUAUUCAGUCCUGGCCUCCUCAGCCUCGGUCAAGCGGUCGUUCUUCGCCGGAGAAGUGGCAGAAAUAUGGGUCAGCCUUCUCCUGCACCUCCGGGAUCCCGACUUUGCAGUUGCCAGCAUGUGCAAGAUCACCUUCAGUCACUGUGCUCCAUUUAUGGGGCUGAGUCGGGCGCAGGAGAUCAUCGAUCUCUCCAUGAGGCUGGGUGCAAACGAGCUGCAGUAUGAGGUCUGCAGUCACCUGGCCAGAUACGCCCCCGCCAUGUUGGAGAGGCUCCGUACCAUCGCCAGGAGAGGCUGCCUAGAGAACGGUCAGAGGCUGCACACAUCGGCCGUCGAAAUCCUUGAUGACAUCCUGGCAAGAAGAAGAAGAAGGAAUUGAGGCUCCGUCAGAUAGCAGCUUUCCAAGGCCGG